AUGGCGGAAUAUAAAGCAUAUAUCAUGGGGCUCAGAACAGCUAUAGAAUGCAAGAUCAAGACAUUAGAAGUAUAUGGAGAUUCUGCACUGGUAAUUUACCAACUUCGAGGUGAAUGGGAGAUAAGAGAUGCCAAGCUAAUCAAUUACAGAAGGCUGGUUUUGGGGUUAGUUGAAGAGUUUGAUGAUAUUACUUUUAAUUAUCUCCCGCGCGAUGAAAAUCAGAUAGCAGAUGUUUUGGCUACUUUGGCGUCCAUGAUCAAAGUAAGCAGACGAGAGGAUAUGAAGCCUAGUCAGAUGACUAUUUGUGAGGCCCCGUCUUACUAUUAUAAUAUACAGAGAGAAGAAAGAGAUGAUCAUCCUUGGUAUCAGGAUAUAUUGUGA